CGCGCAACCGCCGCGGCCCCACCCUCGCCUCGCGGGGCAGGGCGGGGCGGGAGCGCGGGGCAGCCGCGGCGCGGGCAGCUCUGAGGGGACGGCGGCAGCGGCCAUGGCAGACCACGAAGCGGGGAUGGCGCCUAAAGCCCGCCGGGCGCAAGAUGACUCUGAUACUGGCCUUGGUUUGUGUGGAUGGAUCCUGGUGAUCACUUCACUUUUUUUCACAGUUAUUACAUUUCCUGUAUCAAUCUGGAUGUGCAUAAAGAUUAUAAAGGAAUACGAACGAGCCAUCAUAUUCAGACUUGGACGCAUCUUAAAAGGAGGAGCAAAGGGACCAGGUUUGUUUUUUGUCCUGCCCUGCACAGACAGCUUCAUCAAAGUUGAUAUGAGGACCAUCUCUUUUGAUAUUCCUCCCCAAGAGAUCUUGACCAAGGACUCUGUGACAGUUAAUGUAGACGGAGUGGUUUAUUACAGAGUUCAGAAUGCCACCCUUGCUGUAGCAAAUAUCACAAAUGCUGACUCAGCCACCCGUCUUUUAGCACAGACUACUUUGAGGAAUGUUCUGGGGACCAAAAACCUUUCUCAGAUUCUCUCUGAUCGUGAAGAAAUUGCACACAGCAUGCAGGCCACGCUUGAUGAGGCAACAGAUGAUUGGGGCAUUAAGGUGGAACGUGUGGAGAUCAAGGAUGUGAAAUUACCCGUCCAGCUGCAAAGAGCAAUGGCUGCAGAAGCAGAAGCUGCCCGGGAGGCGAGAGCUAAGGUAAUUGCAGCUGAGGGUGAAAUGAACGCUUCCAGGGCCCUGAAAGAGGCAUCCAUGGUUAUUACGGAGUCCCCUGCUGCUCUUCAGCUUCGUUAUUUGCAGACCUUGACCACAAUUGCUGCGGAGAAGAACUCCACCAUCGUCUUCCCAUUGCCCAUAAAUAUGCUGCAGGGCAUCAUAGGUGCAAAUCGCUAGGUAGAGUCGGGGGAGAGAGUUUGGAGUGGGGGUUUUUUUGCUACAGCAAAUGUUUGCAAUACUGAAUUCCCUGUGUAUUAUAGCUUAUGGCAGUGUUAAAGUGGAUUUGCUGAGGAACCUCUUUUGUUAUACUAAGUGUGUUAUAAAACUUUAUAUAUAAUGUUUGUGAAUAUAGACGAUCAAAACAUUUGAAAUUGAAAAGCUUUCAAAAUGAGUACAGGUGGAUUGUGAUCUUAAAGCAGCAUGUAUUCAUACUAUCCUGGGUGGGACAUCUUUAAUCUGUAACCUCCCAUUUUCAAAUAGUAUAUAAAACCAUUUGUGGUGAAGGUGAGAUGAUCCAAUGUUUGGAAAGAGAAGCGUUCCUUUUAAUAAAUGGGUCUGUAGCCCUGCAAGGGAAGCGGCACAGCCCUAACUAUA